UCAUAUUGGCGUUGAUCAACACUUGAAAAUUUGCAGACAGUAAAUAAUAUUAGAGAAAUAGUCAGGCAGCAAAUAAUCAUCAAUUAAAACAAAUUAUGUCGUCGUCCGAACUGGAAACUCAACAGAAAUCCACGGAUAAUCUGCAGGAACAAGCGACCAAUGCAGAGACUAGCGCCGCCAAACGUGAUUCAGCGCCGGAAGCAGGAGAUCCAGAUUUUGCCGCCGCGGAGCAGUACAAAAAUAAAGGAAAUGAUUUGCUCAAAACCAAGGAAUUUUCGAAAGCCAUCGACAUGUAUUCCAAAGCCAUAGAACUGUAUCCCAGCAGUGCAAUUUACUAUGCAAAUCGAGCGAUGGCGCAUUUGCGCCAAGAAAACUUUGGUCUGGCUCUGCAGGAUGGCGUUUUGGCGGUCAAAACUGAUCCCAGCUACUUGAAAGGCUACUAUCGGCGUGCGGCUGCCCACAUGUCCUUGGGCAAGUUUAAACUGGCGCUAUCCGAUUUUGAAUAUGUGGCCAAAUGCAGGCCCAAUGAUAAGGACGCCAAGUUCAAAUAUUACGAGUGCAACAAAAUUGUAAAAAUGCGCGCUUUUGAGCGAGCUAUUGCGGUAGAUAAGCCGGAGAAGACGCUCUCGGAGAUGUAUAGAGAUUUAGAGAACAUCACUAUUGAAGACGACUACAAGGGUCCUCAACUGGAGGAUGGCAAGGUUACUUUACAGUUCAUGAAAGACCUUAUGGAGCACUAUAAGGCACAAAAGAGACUGCAUCGCAAAUUCGCCUAUAAGAUACUCUGUGACAUUGAUGUGUAUAUGCGUGCACAACCGUCCCUGGUGGACAUUAAAGUUCCGGGUGAGGAGAAGUUCACAAUUUGUGGCGAUAUACACGGCCAAUUCUAUGAUUUGAUGAAUAUCUUUGAGAUAAACGGACUGCCAUCGGAGAAGAAUCCGUAUCUGUUCAAUGGUGAUUUUGUUGAUAGAGGUUCAUUCUCUGUAGAAUGUAUAUUCACGCUCUUUGGCUUUAAGCUGCUGUAUCCCAACCACUUCUUCCUGUCACGCGGCAAUCACGAAAGCAUCAAUAUGAAUCAAAUGUACGGAUUUACGGGCGAGGUAACCGCCAAGUAUACUAGUACCAUGGCCGACAUAUUUACGCAAGUAUUCAAUUGGCUUCCACUAUGCCAUUGUAUCAAUCAGAAGAUCCUCGUCAUGCAUGGUGGCCUCUUCUCAUCAGACGAUGUUACUUUGGAUAACAUACGGCGUAUCGAUCGCAAUUGUCAGCCACCGGAGGAGGGUCUCAUGUGCGAGCUGCUCUGGUCGGAUCCGCAGCAAUGGAUGGGUCGCGGUCCAUCUAAGCGCGGUGUGGGCAUACAGUUUGGUCCCGACGUAACUGAAACGUUCUGUAAGCUUAACAACUUGGAUUACAUCAUUCGCAGCCACGAGGUUAAAGAUAUGGGCUAUGAGAUGGCACACAAUGGUCAAUGUAUAACAGUCUUCUCGGCGCCAAACUAUUGUGAUACUAUGGGCAACAUGGGCGCUUUUAUAACAAUUACUGGUAACAAUCUAACACCAAAAAUCAGAUCCUUUGAGGCUGUGCCACAUCCCGAUGUCAAGCCCAUGGCAUAUGCCAAUAGUCUAAUGAACUGGCUGGCGUAGUCAUAGCAGCCAGUCCUUAUGCAUAACAAUAGCUAAGCACACUAUAAACACAUAAAAAGAAUUCCCCAGCCCACGCUUGAGAACCCACAGUCGCAAACACAGUCAAAAAAACGGAUUCUAAAAUGCUCAAUGGACCUUUAUGCCAACAGUUUGCAAAUUCAUUCUACUGUUUACUAGUAUGAUUAAAUAGCACUGUUGUGGUAUGUAGGACUGAAGCAGCUGUAUAGCAAUCACUUUACAACAAAUUCAUUUAUAUUUGAUACAAAAGAAAAACGUUGAUUACAUUAAUGUGGCUUUAAAAGUCAGAUGCUAAGUUUAUUUGGUGCUAAGCAUCUGAGUAUUCACUUUGCAGUGUUUAUGCUAUUUAAAAAAAAACAAAGCAAACCGGUAGAGUGAACUAAUUGUAUUAUGUUUACGAGUAUGCAUAGCAUUUAAUAAUUGGCAAUAAUCUGCGUGCCCACACAGUCUACCACAAAUACCAAUACCUUGUAAUUCUAUUUUUUUUUUCAAAAUUUUUACAUUUUUUAAACUUAAUUUAAUUUUUUUUACUUCAUCCUUACCCUUUUGUUUAUAUAUCAAGUCAUUUUAAUAAAAUUACGCAAAUUAUAGAAACAAAUACCUCAAUAAUCCAUUUCAAUUUUGCAAUUAAUUCAAGUCAGUAUAUAGUACUUGUUUGGAAGCCAAUGUGUUUGGUUCAAUCAUUCGAAAGGCAUUAAAAAGACAUUUAGCAUUAAAUUCUGUAACCUUAAACUAUUGAGCGGAAUACAGAAUAGAGCAAUUGUGUAAUGAUA